AUGCCUCAGGAAACAAUUAGCACGGUCUUUGGCGACCUCCAUGCAAUCGUGCAAGGCAACCUAGCCAGCGACAAGACACUGCUACUCUUGCACGGGAACUCAAGCACCUGGAAAGCAUUCGAGCCCAUCCUAGAUGAUGCCGUGCUCAAAGCCACAUACAAAAUAAUCGGAUUCGACUUGCCGGGACACGGAGACUCAGCUGAUGCCCCCGACCCGCAGCUCUCGUACAAUAUCCCCGCGUACGCCAAGGCUGCAUUGGAGGUCCUGCGCCAUUUCCGUGUAAAAUCCUACGUGGCCUUUGGGUCGAGUAUGGGUGGCCAAGUCGCAUGGAGCAUGAUCGAACUCGCCAAGUCAAGCCCAAAAGAAUUCGAUAUCCGUGGUGUCAUGACAUCAGGAUCAGUACCGUUCGGUAACCUGCGAGAUCUCCAAGAGAGCUUCAACAUCGACUCGCAAGACAGCGUUGCGACUACGGGGUCAAUGACCGAUGAACAAGCCGAAUGGGCAGUCAAACACGCCUAUGGCGGCACACCGCAACCAUUCAUGUACGAGUCCUUGAAACGAACGGAUCCGAGAGCGCGGCCUUUGAUGUUUGAGCAUAUCGUCAAGGGUGAAUCGACAGAUCAGCGGAGGACGGUCAGGGAGACCAAAAUUCCGAUUGCGAUUGUGAAUGGAGACAUGGAUGUUUUCAUCAAGUUGGAUGUGUUUGAUCGGCUUGAAUAUGGGAAUUUGUGGAAGGACAAGGUGUUUACUAUAAAGGGAUCCGGCCAUUGUCCGUAUUGGGAUAAUCCGAAGGAGUUCUUGCCCUUCUUGACUGAGUUCGCGGCUGAUUGCUAUUCUGCAUAA